UUACUGAACAAAAUUAUAUUAGGUCCAGUAUCUAAAUAUGGCCACCUAAUUAAAUUUUAAUCGGAUAAAUUUUUGUCUCCAAAAUUUAUUGACUAAUCUACAAAAACAAUAACGGUAAAAACUACUAAACUAGUAACUUCGUAAGCCGGCUCUGAUACCACUGUUGGGAAACGAGGCUUGGAUAACGCAGCGGAAAACAAAAAUUUAUAGUCCAAAACUCGAUUCCACCCAAGAACAACUUACGUAAAUUACUAGUUAUAGAUUAGUACAUUCCCGAUUCGUUCGUUGAGGAGAAACGGGAAGAGUUCAUGCACCUGGAGAUGGGGACGAUGAGCUUACCCGAGUACCACCAGAUGUUUGACCACUUGGCGGAAUUUGGUCAAGACUUGGUGAACACCAACAAAAGGCGUUGUGACAUGUUCGUUAAGGGCAUGCACCUGAAGCUUCAUGAGUACAUGUCCACGGCGUCAAGAGAGGAUUUUGGCUUGAUCUGUCCUAGAAGGCCAAAUCAACGUCGACUCAAGCUAUGGCCUCGAACAGCAAGGGGAAGGCACCUAAGCAUCCCUUGUGUACGAGCUGCAAUCGUUAUCAUCCAUGCGAGUGUUGGUGGAGUAUGGGGUUGUGCUUGGGCCACAAACCCAGGGCACGCAUUCCCGACUGCCCAAGCGGCGAGCCAGGCUCAGGCCUUGCGUCCCGCACCAAGUCAGCGCUCCACGGCUGGCUCCCAUCUGCAGCGACAACAACAGAGACCACCGCAGCUGGCGGCGCAGCACUAGGGUCGCGCGCCGGCCAGGACAUAUGCCAUGCACGGUCGUGCAGAUCCUAACCCGGAUGUUAUCCAUGGGGCAAAAUUGGAAAGUCAACCAAAAUUACACUUUACUUAUUUUUUUCCAAAGUCAAAACCGGAAGGGUUUCGUGGAGGAGGGAUUAUAUUAAUAGGCUGGGUAGUUACGGGAGACUUACGCCUCUCCUUUUCUUCGUCCGUUACCUUCGUUGUUCCCCUGCCCUGCGUCGCUUUCUCUGUCGCCGGUCAGCCAGGUCUUUUGUCGCCGGUUCGUGAUUUCGCCGGACACCAUAGCAGUGUCGCUGUCUUCCCUGUCAAUGAUAGCAGCGACAGCCAUGCGUGUGGACUCUGACAGAAAUAGCAGCGCUUUUAGCUGGGCGUGUAGUCUGGUUGUCUAUGACUGCACGCAGGUAGGGAUUUGGACCAGGAGGGCCAGCCCGGAAGACGUUGAUAUGUGACGUCAUUGCUUCUAUUUUUGAUAUUUAACUAAUGUGUUUAUUAAUUGUUUGGUUAAAACAUUUAUUGUAGAACAUUAUUUUGAGACUUCUGUGCUUGAUGGACUUUACUCAGAACUUCUCGUAAUUAACUGGGUCUCUAGAU